GAACAACAUUACUCCACAAAACCACCCAUUCAUCUUUGUUUCAGACUUUCAAACGCCGAAGUCACUUGAAACUCUUUGCCCAAUCCCGUUCGUGUGACAACUCUACUUACCAAAGACAACAACUUUACUCAAGAAAACACCAUGGAACACAGUUUCCAACUUCGACAUUCUUCACAAUCAAAAAUAGGGUUUUUUUAAUUGAAAAUUCAGUGUCUCAGUGAUGAAGAAACGCCGACAUUUAGCAUCAUCGUCAUCAUCAAAAUCAAUUCCUCCCGAUAUAAUUUUCGACAUUUUCGCAAGACUCCCCUUCAAAUCUCUGAUUCGAUUCAGGUGUGUUUCCAAGUUCUGUUACUCCAUCAUUACCAAUGCAUCUUUUCCAAAUUUACAUGCAAUUCAUUUUCCAUUCAAACCCCUCGGCUUGCUCAUCACCUGCCCCACCACACUCCAAACGGGCCAGCGGUUUUUCUCCCUUGACUUUGACGGCGGAACUGCCGUUGAUCUCCUCACUGUCUCUCCUGGCUUCUCUCGUUACUUCACCCACUCUGUUAACGGUUUAGUUUGUAUGGAUUUUGGCCUUUGCGCCACUAUAUGUAAUCCUAGUAUGAGGCAAGCGGUUGAUGUUCCUUUAAUUUGUUCGUUAAAGUCUCCGUUGGUAAAUUCAACCUAUUAUUGUGUUAAUUCAUUUGGUUUUGACCCUGUUAGUAAGCGAUACAAGGUUUUGAAUUCGUGGGGUAUUCCUGGUAGAGAGACUGAGUAUAGGGUUUUCACAUUGGGGACUAAUUCAUGGAGGCUGGUUAACGGUGGGCCGCCUUACUAUCCUCAACGCCAAAGCAUUUGUGUUGAUGGGGUUGUGUAUUUAAGGAGUUGUACUGUUAUGUGUAGUGUGAAUGGAAGUGUUUUGGUGGCGUUUGAUUUGCAAACUGAGAGUUUUAGGGUGAUUACAUUGCCUGAACGGGCUCCACAAGAUGGAUAUAAGUCUGAUUUGAUUGUGUUUGGAGGGCGGCCGGGUAUGGUUAAUUAUCAAACUGAUAAUAAACGUGUAAGUGUUUGGAUAUUGCAGGAUUGUUUUAAUGAGGUAUGGGUUAAGCAUACUUUUGUGUUACCUUUGAAUUGGAAGGGAUUACAAGGGGAGCAGAAGUACAUUGUUGCGGGUACUGUCCCUACAGGCGAGGUCUUACUGGUACCGCAGAUUUUAUCAAGUCACCUUUUUGUUGUUUAUUAUGAUACUAAGACAAACAGUUCAAGGAAAGUUGAAACAUCCGGGCUUCCUGAGUAUAAGCAUAAUGAUUUAUUCUCUAAUAUCAUUAGUUUCACAAAUUACGAGGAAAAUAUUUUGUCAUUUAGAUAACUGGGAAGGGCUUCCUGGUUCACUUUCUUGGGUACUUUGGGAAGGGAACCUGCUGUGCUAGGUAGCUGGGCUCAACUAUAGGCAGUGCAUUUUGGCGGUUCUGCUCUUGCUUUGUAAUUUAUCUAGUAGAUGUUCAAGGUUAAUAGAUAUUAAUCCAUUCAUCAACAUUUUACAGUUAUUUCAAUGCCUGGAAUUUUCACCUUGAUUAUACUUUCUCUCAUUAAUGUGGCAAAAAAAUAUUUUCAUUUUCUUCAGUAUUUUAGUAUAGUCCUCAUGAAAGACAAACUUAAUAAUUUUGGAGGCUAUGUAUACUAGUGGUAUUGGACUAUGAUUGCUGACCCUUCCUGCUUAAUCUAUAUAUAAUUUGGGGCCAACAUGGAUGCUCACCCAGCAACUGCAGCUAAUGGUGUUCUGCAACUGAAUAAAAAAAUGCUCCUGUGAUUUGGUUAAAUUUGGUAUAAUGUGUGAUCUUAAUAUUUGUAGUAUGGGUUUUAGCUUCAUGAGUGGUGCAAGUUUUUGAUAAUAUUGGAUAUGAAACUGUUUUACCGGAAUCAGGUUAGGUUAGGGGUUUAGGUUAAACCCGUGAUCUCUUUGUUGCAAGCAAUAUAUUAUAUACU